UAGAAACAGGCUACGUUCAAAAAUCGACGCGCACGCAUAGUAUAAAAUAGCUGACAACACAGACCAAUGCAUCAGUCUCACUUGAUAGUUGAGAGGAUACACAUCUACAUUCAACAUGUACGCUAAACUGUUCAUCGUUUCCGUCCUGGCUGUGGUAGCGCUGGCCCGCGAGUACCCCGCAGGAGUCCACCCCGCAAUCUGCCCCAACUACCCCUUCUGUGAGCAGGGCAUCCUCGCCCGGUUCACCCCAGACGGCAUGCCCAUACCUGAGUGGGUAAACAACCCAUCCAUCCUGCCUGUCGCCCCAGCUGACCCUCACGCCGCCGCCCGUGAAUACCCUGCUGGAGUGAACCCCGCGUCUUGCCCGAACUACCCUUACUGCUGGUGAACAGUUGAAAUUUGGCCCCCCCUCAUCCCAGAUUGUUAAUACCAGAUUUUCAAACGAAACGUCACUUAUUUUUUUUUAUCGGCACAUGACAACCGCCCAUACAGCCACGUCAAAUGUCACCUUGACAAUGUCACUUUGACAGCUCCGAACUCUAGUCACUUUUCGUUGAAAAUCUCCGUCUAUUGACAAUUCCACUGCCAUAAUAAUUCUAAAUUGUAAAUACGCGUCUACGCAAAUAAGUCUGUAAAUGCUACGCAUUUGGUAUUUUUUUUUAUAAAAUUUGUAAAAAGUGUAAAUAAACACAUUUACUUUUA